ACAGGCAACUUUCAGAAUCAGUACGAAUUGAAUGUUCGCGUAAGUAACAAUAAACGACGGAGCGAGUUUUAAAAGCAAUUAGCUGUGGAAGAAAAUAAAGUUUUGGAAAAGAAGCAGCCGUGUGAACAAGUGCAUUUGCUUGUAAAAUAAAAAAUAAAAAAAACACAAAAAGAAUUAACAGUCAGCCGGUUUUAAAAAUAAAUAAAAAUAAAAGAAAAUGGAGUUCAACAAUCGUCUGUUGCUGAAAAUCAUUGAGCUGGGCAUCUCGAUCGCCUGCAUUGUGCUUUGGCAGACCUCUACGGCAAUCUCAUCCCAACCGCUGAUUGUUUGCGGUACGCUGGGAGGUUUUACUAUCAUUUGCGGUAUCCUGUUGAUUGGCCACAUUCUCAACUCGAUUGUGGAGAAGCGUCUGAACGCGCUCAUCUCGAUUAUUGGGUGCAUUCUCUUCGUCAUCUCUGGUGCCUUAAUCAUCGACGAGUGGCAUGAUAGAUCCGAUUUCCUGUUCAAGGACAGCAAACGUAAUGCACUCGCUACGGGCUCGCUGAUGAUCAUCAAUGGCGCCGUCUUCCUGCUGGACACACUCUCCAUAUGCAGAACGUAAAUUUGACACUAAAAAUAAAUACAAAAAAAAACAACAAAUACCACAUAUGCUUUUAACUAGUUGUUGCCUUUUUGUAUAUGUACAUAAAUGCAUACAUAUGUACUCGUAUAUGUAAUGAAGAGAAGCACACUUACAUUGUUAGAUUACAUAAAAAUGCAUAAAUUCUUAUAAACACACACACACACCCAUUUAUACACUCAAAUAUUAAAAUAUAUGUAGUUAUUUUUAAAAAGUUGUAUUUUGCGAGAAUUCUCAAUGUAACAGAUAUUGUAUUUGUUGUAGUCGUACCGCUUUUGUGCUUGUCUCUUGUUAGAAUUAAAAGUUUUCAUAUGCAUAAAUACACAGAAACACACAUUUGGACUUUACAUAAAUGCAUAGGUAUACACCGUUAUACGUUACACGUGAGAGGAAUAGAAACGAGGUAGUUUAUUGAGAAAAACAGCAAGAAGUGAGCUAACAAACUACAAAAGUGAUGAUGAGAGAGAUCUUAAUGUUAGUGAGUAGCAAUUUUGACUAGCCACCGAAACUUUUAAAGCCAGAAAAAAGAAAACCUUUUUAAACAACUGCAAAAAAGGGCAUGAGAAAUAUUUCGCAUAAAAAACUACUUGCUAACCGAAACAAGAAAAAUGAGGAACACGAAAUUUUGAAAGAGUGGAAGAGUAAAUUCUCUUUUUGUAAAAGCAAAAAUCAUGAAUAAAUAAAUAUUUAAUCUCGAAUUUGAAAAUUUUGACUUUUCAUAAAAAACUCUCGCACAAAGCACAUAUUUUAUGUAAUAUUGAUAUUUUUUACGAAAUAUACUCAAGCAGUAGAGAAUUUAUAUAUUUUUAUUUUUACUUACAAGCUUUCGAAAAAGUAAUCAAAAGAUUUCUGCUAUUAUUACAGUUAGCCCUUAAGCUCACUAUAAAGUGUAAUAAUCCAGUAUACCUACAAAUAAAUAAAAUUAAAUCAGUUAUCGAAUAAAUAAAGCAACGCUGUUGUUGUGUUUUAUU